CAUGAAGACAAUUUGCCCGACUUCACAACCUGCCUUGAACAAGCGACAGCUCAGGGACGACGACGCUCCAGCACAGCAAUCUGCCUCUCAAAACCUUACCCCGCUCAAUCGCAAGAAGCCUCCACCAACACUCGGGCGCAUCAGCGCACCAUUCGCUGUGUCUGGGAACAAAGAGACUGUGACACCAACUCGAAACAAUUCGCCCGCUGGAUCCGGAAUCUCCUCAACUACUCUUACCAACCUAAAUACACCGCAUACGCCAAUCUCACAUUGAGAGCAUUCACAAAAGGAGGUAGUGAGUGAGUGAGGGAAGAGGGAAGCAGUCAAGAUGUCAGACGCCUACGAGCGCGAACGCCAGAACAACUCGCGUUUGGCUGAGCUAUCUAAUAAAGUCUCGGCGCUGAGGGGCGUGACAGUGGAUAUUUAUGAUAAUGCGAGGGCGCAAGAUGUUAUUGAUAAUACUGUAUGUUUCCUCUAUCUCUCUUCACUUUUUCCUCGCCUCCUUUUCACGAUAAUGUGAGGUGGACAAUUGGAGCAAGCUGAAUAGGGGCAAGAGGCUAAUGGUUUGAAUAGUCAGAUACAUUCUCCUCGAUGAGCACGAGCUUGAAGGGGUCUGCGGGGCGAUUGGGAAGAAUGGCUGCGAGUGGGAA